AUGCCAAUUCCAUAUCCCCCGGCAGGCCAUUCCGAAGACGUGUGGCGGCGAGUCCGCGUAAUCUUCAACAGUCAAGUUGUCGUCGAUGCAGACGUGCCUAAACUUGUAUGGGAGCAUCACCGUUUUCCCGUGUACUACUUCCGACUUUCCGACAUCCGGGAAGAAUAUCUCGCCAAUAGAGCAGCCGGCGAGAAUGAAGUCGAUGUAUACGAUCUCGUCGUUGACGGGAAGACUUCACCAGCCGCAGUAACAGUAGCAAAAGCCGCGGAUCUCAAGGGAUACGCUAAGAUUGAGCCUAGCAAAGCAGACGCGUGGUUUGAAGAGGAUGAGCGAAUAUUCGGGCAUCCGAAAGAUCCGUACAAACGGAUUAUCACCCUGCAAUCCUCCAAAAAGGUGCAGGUUGAGAUUGACGGUGUUGAAGUGGCUAGUACUACGCGGCCUGUGUUGCUGUAUGAGACUGGGCUACCGCUUCGAUAUUAUAUCCCGCACACGGAUGUUCGGUUGGAUUUGCUGGAGGAUGAUGUGGAAACGACGUCUCACUGCCCGUAUAAAGGCGACGCGAGUUAUUAUUUCGUAAAACUUCCUAGUGGAGAGAGAAAGCGAGGUCUGGCAUGGUGGUACAAGACUCCGAAGGCAGAGACCCUCGAUAUCAAGGGACAUGUUGCGUUUUAUGAUGAGAAAGUGGAUGUGCGGGUCAACGGGGUUCUCAACCAGAGACCUGUCACUCAGUUCUCCUGA